AUGUUUAUCGGUGGCUUGAGUUGGGAAACCACGAACCAGUCUCUCCAAAACUACUUCUCGCGAUUCGGCGAGGUUCGGGACUGCAUAAUCAUGAGGGAUAGGGCUACUUGGAGAUCCCGUGGAUUCGGAUUCCUCACCUUCAAGGACCCCAAGGCCGUCAACAGAGUGAUGAUGACCCAACGCCAUGUCGUCGAUGGCACAGUGAUCGAUCCCAAACGCGCGAUCCCCCAAGCUGAACUGCAGAAGACAGCGAAAAUCUUCGUUGGUGGUGUUAGUCAGGAAGCAUCCCAGAGAGAUUUUGAAAUAUUCUUCGCCCAGUUUGGCCGAGUCGUCGAUGCGACCCUCAUGAUGGACAAAAACACCGGUCGACCCCGUGGAUUUGGCUUUGUGACGUUCGGCAGUGACGCCGCCAUGGAGAAAUGUCUAGGAUACCGGCCGUUGGUGAUCCUGGGCAAGGAAAUCGAGGUUAGGCCGGCACAGGCCGCAGACAAGAUGGACGAAGACGACGGCUCCUCUCGGGUUGCGCGAGAAAGAGGAAAGUUUGAUCGGGAUGGCCGAUUCGGCGAUGAUAAGAACCACCAGGUCACCCAGGGCAAUCAGAGCCAGGCUCAGUGUCUGACUCCUCAAAUGGGAGCUCAUUAUUGGCAGCUAAUGCAACACUAUUUCCAUAUAAUGCAACGGCAGACGGCAGAGAACAGAGGAAGUAACAUCGGUAACAUGGGCAACAUGGGCAACAUGAGCAAUAUAGGUAUGGGUCAAAUAACACUGCAAAGGAUGAAGAAGUUGCAGAUGCUGCAGAUGUGGAAAAUGCAAGGAGGAAACAGCCCCACCGCCCAGGAUGGGACGAGCGGCAUGGGUCACACGCAAGGGAUGAAUCCACAGAUGAGGCAGCAGGCAACGCAGUGGCAACAACAACAUAGUGGAGUGAACAGCGUCGAUGCUAUGGGACGUGGACGAGGAUUCACAGGACAGGGAAGUAGCCAGGACCGCCUAUCAGCCCUGGAGCAACACACUCUUCGACAACGCAGCUUUCCUGGCAGAUCCUGGAGCCCUGGAUUCCAAAAUCAGAACACCCGGUCAUGGGAGGGUAUGUAUGAUGACGUCCCCCAACUAGACGGUGGUCAUGGAUCUGUAGGACCAGUGCGCAACAACACACUUCAACCACCCAAACGGCCAGCUGCAUUCGCUCAGGCAAGCGCGGCUCCGGCGAACGCGGCUCCGGCGAACGCACCAAACGGUCCCAAGAAUCCCGACCAAAAAAUGAGGGGCCUCGGCGGAGGCCAUAGAAGAUAUAAUCCUUAUAAGCGUUGA